UUUCAGUCGGGCAGAUAAAUGGACAACCUGUGAUGCGGUCCUAUUUGCUAAGAAGAUGUAGCUAACAGAGAGAUUGAUCGAUAUCAAUGUGAACAUUUUCUUCAAGACUUCCAGUAGGCCAAGAGGAAGAGGCUCUGUUAUGUUCUGGGAUUGCUUUGCUGCAAUCUGGGCUGAGUACAAGGAAAUCUCCACAGGCAAUUAAGGCACUCUGGAGCGCAAUAUGCUGCUCGGUGUCAGAAAGCUUGGUCUCUGGGGGCCCUGUAACUGGAUAAAGACCCAAGAAAGAAACCUUUUACCUACUGUGAAACAUGGAAGAGGCUCAGUUAUGUUUCUGGGGCUGCUUUGCUCCAUCUGGCAUAAGGUGUUCAGGAAAAUCUGAAGACUAUCAAGGUGAAUAGGUGAAUUUGUGAAUGCCAAACCACAAAUAUGCAGGGGUCUAAUGGACGCUUCCCCUAAUAAUUAAAGAGUUGAAACCUUACAUGUAUUCACAACUAUAAUUCCAAAACACUUUAAUAUCAUUUCAAACUCAUUUAACAACAUUGAACUUAAAAAAAAAAAAAAAACAGCUUGCAGAUUUGAUUUAAAAGUGCGAGGACGUUGGCGUGUAAACUGUAAAUUAGCAACUCAUAAACAAACUAAUUACUACAUUCUUAUUAGCCGUUUUAUUACGUUUUUGACUCAGUGAUACAUACACACACUCGCUUUAUAAAUACAUAUACAGUAUAUUGCAAAUGCAAGCGGAAAAGCAAAGGGAUGCACUGCGGUUAUCUGCACAAAUGUCCUUUUUCAAGUCAUAAAAGUUGCUGAUUCAUCAAGUUUCUCCAUGUCAAAAGUCUAUCAACAGCGCGUGCUGUCGCCCCGUGCUGGCUCGCACGGGGCUCAUUUCCCACACAAAUCAGCGUUUACGCAACCGUGUGCGUCCCCCCCCGGCCCGCCUGGAAGCUGCGCGGUCCGCCUGCUUGUGGCCAGUUAGUUAGUUCACCUCUCGCCGGGGAGGUGCUGCAGCCUCACUCCUCUGCACCCUGGUGUGUGCGCACACUACAGCUGGACUCUUCGCUCCGCGCACUCUCCUCCUCUGCACUCCCCUCCCUUUUUACGCAAGUGAUCGCAACAAGCGAGGGCUCGCGAAUGGAGGCGGGACUCUGUUUAUUUUUCUCUCUUUGGGCAAUGAUGGAGCGUUAAGAGGAAGCCGUUUUUAACAGCGCACACACUGGGCAGCGCUCAACAACAUGCGGGGCGCGCGGUCUUUACGCCGUGCCUGUGGAUCGCUCUCGGCCGUGGAUGCUUGACUGUACACAGUGGAGCAGGAGGGGGAUCCCGCCUAGAUGGAAGGACUUCGUAUGGACAAAUGUGAAUUAACUUGGCAAGCCAUGGAGAGACUUGCCUUAAAAGGACCCAGCGCCCAUCUUUAGGCUCUUUUGGGUGGACUUUUUUAAAACCGUCACAAGGCUUUUGGGUCUUCUCCGUCGCCAUGGCCGAGAAGCUGGGACCCGCCGGGCUCAAGCCCGCCAACGUCCUACCCCUUCCCUCCGUGCCGCCGGAACCCAUCGACAUCAUCCGCACUAAAGCCCGCUCGCGCCGGGUCCGCCUGAAUGUCGGGGGCCUAAACCACGAGGUCCUGUGGCGGACUCUGGACAGGCUGCCGAGGACCCGCCUCGGCAAGCUGCGGGACUGCAACACGCAUGAGUCCCUGAUGGAGGUGUGCGAUGACUACAGCCUAAACGAGAACGAGUACUUCUUUGACCGCCACCCAGGGGCUUUCACAUCUAUCCUGAAUUUUUACCGCACGGGCAAGCUGCACAUGAUGGAGGAAAUGUGCGCCCUUUCCUUCGGGCAGGAGUUGGACUUCUGGGGGAUUGAUGAGAUCUACCUGGAGUCCUGCUGCCAGGCUCGCUACCACCAGAAAAAGGAGCAGAUGAACGAGGAGCUGCGAAGGGAGGCGGAGACCAUGAGGGAACGUGAGGGAGACAGCGAGUUCGACAACACUUGCUGCGCAGAGAAGAGGAAGAAGCUGUGGAAUCUCCUGGAGAAGCCUGGCUCCUCUGUGGCUGCCAAGAUUCUGGCCAUUAUAUCUAUCCUGUUCAUCGUCCUCUCCACCAUCGCGCUGUCACUCAACACCUUACCACAGCUUCAGGUGACGGAUGAGUUUGGCCACGCCAACGACAACCCUCAGCUGGCACACGUGGAAGCCGUGUGUAUCGCUUGGUUCACCAUGGAGUACCUGCUGCGCUUCCUCUCCUCGCCCAACAAGUGGAAGUUCUUCAAGGGUCCACUCAACGUCAUAGACCUGUUGGCCAUCCUCCCCUACUACGUUACCAUCUUCCUGACUGAGUCCAACAAGAGUGUGCUCAAGUUCCAGAAUGUGCGGCGUGUGGUGCAGAUAUUCCGGAUCAUGAGGAUACUGAGGAUCCUCAAGUUGGCCAGGCACUCCACGGGGCUUCAGUCUCUGGGUUUCACACUAAGACGGAGCUACAACGAGCUGGGGUUACUCAUUUUGUUCCUAGCCAUGGGUAUCAUGAUCUUCUCCAGCUUGGUCUUCUUCGCCGAGAAGGACGAGGACGCCACCAAGUUCACCAGCAUCCCCGCCUCGUUCUGGUGGGCUACCAUAACUAUGACCACAGUGGGCUACGGGGACAUUUACCCGCGGACGUUACCUGGAAAGAUCGUCGGGGGUCUCUGCUGCAUCGCAGGGGUGCUGGUCAUCGCCCUCCCUAUUCCCAUCAUUGUCAACAACUUCUCCGAGUUCUACAAGGAGCAGAAGAGGCAGGAGAAGGCCAUCAAGAGGCGGGAGGCAUUGGAGAGAGCCAAGCGCAACGGCAGCAUCGUGUCUAUGAACCUCAAAGACGCCUUCGCCCGGAGCAUGGAGCUCAUGGAUGUCAUGGUUGAUAAAGGAGAGGAUACAACCUCCCUGGACAACCACCUGUCACCACGCCGCUGGGGAGGCUCCACCAGGUCGGCCGGCACGGAAAGCAACCUCAACUUGCCAGAUAAGAGGACCCCGGAGAAUACAGUGGGUCCGCCGAAUUCCCCCCACCGGAUCACCAUCGGCACCACCGGGAGUCCACAGUGGACAAGUAGAACCCCGCAGCACCUCAACGUCCAGAAGCUGGAGGAGCUGUACAACCAGAUGACCAAGUCGCAGUCCUUCACCAACCUCCACACGGCCAGCUCCAUGAGCACGCUGAGCACCACCAUUGCCGGCCCGGGCUCGCCUAAGAGAUCCCACAGCCCCGAGACCACACUGAAGGAAGAGCUGGAGAUGAAAGAGGUGGAUGGAGCCAAGACCAGACACCUGCAGGUGCCUUCGCCUCUCCAUCUUACCUCGGUUCAGCUUUCUAAAGACAACAUCCUCAAAGACGGCUUCUAUCAAUCUGUCAACCGGGGUGAUGGCUCGGAACUCCGUAUAGAUGAAGAUGAGAGUUUCAGUAGCGCCGUGGAGAACAUACAAAAAUCUCUUCGCGGGAACAACCCUCUUAAAAUCAAGGCGGGAAAGACAUCCACAGAGGGCCCGCCGACGCCGCCCAGCACCUCGUCUCCUGGAGACAUCAGCUCCAGCAUCUUGGAGGAAGAGUCGCCAGAGGGGGAGACGUCGCCUCUAAUGGCCAGCUCGGAGGCUCUCAUCCGGGCCGCAGAGGACGACCACAUGGCAGAGGAGGCCGGCCCGUUGGUGGACACCCCGCCCGGCGAUGAGGGCCCAUCCUCGGAGAAGCGCCUGAUGGACGUGGCCGGCGCUACAGGCGUGCCCCAAUCGCCCAGGAGCACGACACAAAACUGUAGCCAGGGUGUGGUCGGGGCCGGUGAGGGGGAGGCCGACCAAAACGGACACAAAGUGGAAAACCACAUCUUCACAUCUGACAUCCACCUGAUACCCGGAGACAGCGGGCUCUCGCCCACCUGCGAGACAAGCAUGUGACUGCGAGAAAGUCCCUUGAAAGAUGUUUUUGCAUGGCAUAGCAAGUCCCUUUUCCGACAAGAAGCCGCUGUCCAGAACGAUUCCGUCCACCAAUUCGUCCACCGGUGGAAACAGUUUCCCGUUGUACAUAAAAGACUUGGAAAAAAAAACUUCAUUUUCCAAUGCGCAGAUGAACUGAUCUGUAAAUUAGCAUGCUUUUCAAUUAAAGAAAGACUCAUCUUUUUCGGUGCUUUGUUUGCUAUGUAAAUACUCGGACAUGAAAGGCAAAGACAUUGCACGUGACAAGAAAAAAGAAAGAAAGAACGGUACCGUUGUUAGCAAUGUGAAAAACGGCAGAACAACCAUUGUAGCGACCUAUUUAUUAAAAAUAACAUAUCAUUCAUUACCUUUUGUGGAAAAUGCAAAGUGUUCCUGUGAUGAUCCUGUAGUUUUUUUUUUUGGUGUGUAAAGUUCUUCAAGUUUAAGUUCUGCUAUUCAAUCACUGAAUUAAGGAGUUAGCAAAAGAACAAUCCAGUGUUUGGAAAAAAAAAAGUAUAUAUCAAAAACAUACUGUAAUUGGAACGGACACAUCAGCUUUUGGGGAGCUGGUGGUUUACUUGUUAGCACAGUUGUUUCACAAUUUGGAGGUUGUAAGUUUGAGUCUCACAAAAAUAAGAGCUUACAAAACCAAAUAAUGCAAGUGAAAUAUAUUCAUUUUUAUCUCAAAAUAACUGAAUUUCCCUGUAAAUCCAAAACACAAUCAAAGUGUGAUCAAAACUUGAUCUGAUCUUUUUUUUUUUUUUUUUUUUUUGGUCUUCAACUACAAUUUUUUUCCACACAAACAAAAUUUACUGCCUGGAUUCAGCACCAUAAAAAAAAACAUCAGGACUCGCACUAGCCGUGCACAUCCUUUUAUUGCCGGAGAUAAAUCUCAUGUACUCUCCAGCGUAUUUACCUUUUAAAAGUUAUUGUUAAAUAAAAUAGUUCUAGAUUGGUUGUAGGAUUUUUAAACAAUAGCUAAUAAUUCAACAGUAGAUUGAGAGCCAUAACAUAUUCAGAAUAUUUAUGAAUUAAAUAUGCUAUAUGCUUUACAGUCUAAAUUAAUCUAGUUUGGCAAUUAAAGUAUAAAUAUUCCUAUAGACAUCAAUGGACCAAAUCAAGCAUACAGAUGAGCUUGCGUCUAAUACACUAAUAGAGUAUAUCACAUGUAAUUAUGGCGGUGUAGCUAUAAUUUUAUUUAACCCUUCUGUUUAUGUUGUGGUUCAAAUUGACCCAUUUUAAAAUCGUAAGUUUUAGGUAUGAAACUUCUGCUUGGCUUAAUGAAAUAUUAACAAUGUUUAUUUGUUUUUUUUGGUUUUUUACCCCCACCCACUUUUUUGACACCUUGAUAUUUAGAAGUCGCGGGUCAAACUGACCCAGGGAGAUUAUUUCUGUUCCAGAGAGACAAACAUGACAGGAGGGUUAAAUUUUUAGCUUCCUAAUAAUUGAGUUCACCUUUUUUUCCCCUGUGUGUCUAAAUGUAAUCUAUUGUUUUGUUUUUUGUUUUGUUUUUUAAAAACACUGACAGAGAGCAUCUCUUGUUGCCUUUGAAUUCCAAUUUAUGGCUGGAAUGUUUUUUGACACGUGGCUGGGUGUACCAAAUGCAUGUUUGUAUUCGUCUUUUUAUUUUUGUAUUUAUUUCAAAUUGUCCAUCUGUUUUUGUCGUGAAGAUAGAGGAAGGGAGAGAGGUGCGCGGAAAGUACAAUAUAUAUUGUAUAAUAUACUGUAUAUUAUAUAAUAUAUACACUCUACCGCGUCGACUACUCCAAAAACUAUGCAGGCCAAGAAUUGUGGCACUUUAUUUUCUUCUGUCUAUGGGGAAUUUGUAGUGUACAGACAGACAAAUAACUAUGUAUUUUUCCAAUGUUCUAUCUUUAAUAUGAGGCAAAAACAGAAUUACACAAACACGCAAAAAGAGAAUUUCACAGUAAUGCAAUUGAAGAUUUGAUGUGGCUUGCAUACACAGAUGCAUCUCACUAAAUUGCAGUGUCAUAGAAAACCAUUUAUUACAGUACUUCAAUUGUAAAAGUGAAGCUCGUUUAUUACAUUAACUGGUUACACACGGAGUGAAAUUUAAUAAUUAUUUUCUUCUAAUUAUAAUUGUUUACAAUUUUGCAACCUGGUUGAACAUACCCCUGGUUUUAUUUUACAAUAGUUAUUUUUUUAAAUUGUAUUUAUUUAUUUUUUACAAAAAGCAAUCAAGUAUUUUUUAAAUUGAAAUUAGGUAUUAGGUAAUUGGCCUCCAUGAAACUAUUUUCCGAUGUGUUUAAUGAAUCUGUAUAGUAUGCGAAUUUUGCUUUUUGAACUGAACUACUGAAAUAAAUAUAUUCGAAUGUAAUGACUGUAUAUGUAGUGUUAGGCACCUUAACAAUGCCAGACAGGGGAUCCAAAUUGGGACAAAUAAUGAUUCUAAAACAGACACACUCCAUUUGUGUUUUCUUUCUUUCUUUUUUUUUUUGUGGAGAAAAAAUAUAUUUCUUCUAUUAAAAAUAAAAAGUCUCAAAAUGGAGUAUGACCACAGUUUUGAUGACGCGUGCCUUUUCAUAACCACUUAUGAGAAGGCGGCGGCUCAUUUUUGCAUUGUUAAUGUAAUAUACAUAGAUAUAGAUAAAUUCUAAUUUUAUAGCAGAAAUCAGGUCUUUGUGUAAUGAUACAAUUAAUGCUAUUGAGUUCUCAGGUUUUCUACAACUCUGGAUGUUUUUUUUUUCUUCUUCCUCCCUCUAACGAUGAACAUCAAAGAAAUCCACAUUGAUGUCUAACUGGACACCGCCGAGCGCCUCCGACCUCACUGCGCACCCCCUCGGGAGUGCCGAUCGAUGGGGGGCAUUGAAUAGAUCCUCCCACGUGUGUUGCCUCCAAGUGUUUGUGUGUGUGUGUGUUUGUGUGUGUGUGCGUAAUCCCCUUCAAGACAGUGGAGUAGCGUGGCUCGUCUUUGGUCCCAUUAGGGCCACCAUACCUUACGAUUCGGCACGAAAUAUUGCAACCGCGUCACUUUUGUUGGUCGCAUUACGCAUCACGUUGCCUGCUUGCACACAAACAUCGUGUUAAAUUCUGUCCGGAAGGGGGGGAAAAUACUGUUUUGGGACAUUUUAGCUGACUCUUCUUGGGGGUGCGAAACAAGGACAGUAAAAAAAUAGGGUUUUCAUUCGCUUGAAAUUUUGUGAAGCCCCCCGCCCCCGGCUCCCCAAUUAUCCAAAUUAAGGCAUGUUUACCCCUUUCAUCAUUUUAUUUUUUCCAUUUAAAAUUUUGCGCACCCCCGUAAGUGUGACGCUUUCAACUUCUUACCAAAACAGGCCUCAAGAGGGUGCUGUAAUCCUCAUCACACAUGCAUAUAGUAACUCAACACAGCUUUUCCAAUGCCAAACAUCACAUUUUUGGGUCAUUUUUUUUUUUUUUUUUUGUUACCCCUGAGGGCCACCGUACCUUGGACUAUAGCAGCCCCACGCUACAUGACUGUUUUUCCUCCUCAGCGUCCUCGUUCCCUUCAUACAAGUCUCACGCUAACAUUACCAUGGGUGGUUAUUAUUGUACAUAGCUUGUGUCUUUUAUUUUCUCUGAGAGAAUGGCUCCUGAUUACACACAAACACACAUACGUACAGUUUCUGUACAAAGCAACAUCUUUGUAUGCAUGUUGUAGUCCAUAGGACGAUGUGGCCGCAGAACACUUGUUGUCGUGUCUCCACGUUCCCCCACCACCAUUAAGUCUAUUAGCAUAUGCAGAA